AUGGCGAAUCGGUCGAUUUCCAAGAGACCUACAAAUAAAUGGUCGAUUGACUUGACUAGUCGGUGAGAUCGUGAACAUUAUUUGAAGUAAUCAUUUCUUUAUUAUACGUUCUAACGUUCUUGUGUCAUUUUGACUCGUUAGACCGCGGUAUAUACAGUUCGUUCAACACAGUGAUUUGCCUUCUCCUCCUGGAUUCAAAAGAGAAAACCAGUCCCAGCAUGUGGUGGGUAUCUUGAUAAAAGUUAGCUCUUUGUUGAUAAAUUAAGCUAAAUCUUGCGCAGUUAAAAUCCAAGAUAUGAGAAGAAGUGAACUUUCUGUGAAUUAUGAAGGAGUUUUAGUUGAUUUUAAAAUUAACUGUCUCCAUUACUACGUUUUUGUUUUUACAGGAGUCACGAGAAGCAAACAGCACUCAUUUAGUAGCCAAGGUAUUUCUUUUCUUAGAUCGUAGAAACCCCUCCCUUUUUCGGUAAUUAGAAGGUUCAUUAGGUUGUUCAAUUGACGGAAUCAAUAAUAUAAUAUUAUUCAACGUUACUGUAAGGUUACACAGGUUUGAAAAUGCCAGCUGGCAGUAGAAAUGGUAAUCAAUCAAGUCGACCAAACAAGUUUUGUCCAUUGGGCCAUUUGCAUGUUGGUAUCUUUUUUAGAUUUAAUCCCAGGGAGGUUUGAAACAACAGAAGCUCUAACUACAGUGUAUAUAACUGGUUACAAUUGACGCACAGCUGUAUCAGAGAGGAGAAGUGUGACAUCACAAAAAUUCCAAUUUUUGAAAUUUAUGGGAUGGGUUGGUAUAUUCGUAUGUGUAAUCAAAUGGUGAUGAGUGAAAUUAGGGAAUAAUUUCAUGCGCGUUUUGUCCAAAUCCUUAUAAUUUCUGAGCCUUUAGGCGUGGGAAAUUAUUAGGAUUUGGACAAAACGCAAGUGAAAUUAUUCCCUAAUUUCACGAGUAUACCAUUUGAUCACCUAUUAAUAUCAUGGGUGACGAAUGAGUUUUCCGAUAAAAUACCUGUUAGAAUCCUUCUUGAUGUGCUUUUUCGUGUGUUCAGGUUUUCUAAACUGUCUUUUUGUGCCCUGACAUCUUCAUUCAUGACUUUUUAAAACUUCGUCGCCAUCUUGACACUGAGAUGUACGGAAGGUUGCCAUGGCAAUUUUUAAUUUCACAUGUGAAAUUACAAAUUAACGCUGAAAUUUUGCGCCAAAAUUAAGGAGUAAUUCGUCACCUAUGAUAUUAAGAAAGAUCAAGGUGAAAAAAGCCCCCUGGCCAAAAAUCAGCCCGUUAGUGGAAAUUCGUGAGGAGAUAUAAGCACCCAUUUGCCCUGAUGACUCCAUACAAAUCAUCCUAAAAUUGGUUUGGAUCUUUACGUUAACAAUCCAGGCCUAUUUUAGAAGGAUUUAUAUGGAGUCAUCGGAGCAUAACAUUGAUUAUAUCUCCACACCAAUUUGCACCAUCUGAACAGGCUGCUUAUUAGCAAGUGAACAUUUUUCAUCUUGUUCUUUCUGUAUAUGUCAACCAAUCCCAUAAUUUUUCAAAUUUAGCUUUUGCGACGUCAUCACUUCUCUUUUCUAUGCUAGGAAUAACCCGGGGAUAAACUACCUUCCCAUCCAGGGGAGAAGCUAUGUCACAAGAUCAAUGUUGUUGUUUUAGGUCAAUUACUGUCUUAGUGCCUUUAUCCAUAUAUUAAAAUGCUCCCGCAGAGAUAUGGAGAAGAUAUCAAACAAAUCUACUGGUUAACAGGGAGCUCUGGCCAUUAUAACUUUGUUGUUGAUUUUGGCAAGCAUUUGAAAAAGUUUGCCUGAUUUUUUUCAAGUUUUAACCCAUGGCCAUCCUUGCCAUCUGUAGCAAAAGAUGUCAGGAAACAGUUUCAGUCACUAAAUAUGUUCUUAACAGUCCAGUUUACAGCUGAAUAUAAACAUUAACAACACAUUAAUACAGGGUUAGCCUUGACGCAAAGUAAAAUAUUCAGAAAUUCUGGCAAUUAAGUGUUUGAAAUUUGAAUGUACACGAUAGACAGAGUAAUAAACAGGUCUUUUUCUCACUGGAAUUUUUGAAUUUAUUACUUCAGAUUGAGGCUAAGGCUGUAAAAAAAUUCAUCUUCACUUCUUUAAUUCAGCGGUCAUAGCGAGCUCGAAAAUGGACUAUAGGCUGAUUAAGCAACAGAACAGGAACGUCAGUUGAUGAUGGCACAUGCAAAUUAAACAACUGGCUUGAUCAAUGGCAGAGUGGCAAAUUGGGCACCGGAAGUCAUGUUUAGUCCUUUCCGCUCACUUUCCCGUCGUCAAGUGACAUUCCUGUCUUGAUGCUAAAACAGCCCAUUAAAUCAACAAAACUUGACCCUUAUUUUUGUGACUCAAUAUUGAUACAAGGACGUGUUUUAGCUUUUUACAAAGAUGGCCAAUAGCAUUACAUAGCCCCUUUCGGUUUUAGCUGUGUGGGGCUCCUUGGCUUGUGUGUGCCUUCCCCUGUUGAACAAAUUUGUAUGAACUCUGCAAAAUGAUUCAUAGAUGCAUUACUUCUGAAAUUUUCUCAUUGAGAAUAUUUGCUUUUAUUUUCAGAAAUCAUGGGAUAUUGCACUUGGACCAUUCAAACAGAUUCCAAUGAAUCUAUUCAUCAUGUACAUGGCUGGUAAUUCCAUCUCCAUAUUUCCAAUCAUGAUGGUUGGGAUGAUGUUCCUCAGGCCUGUCAAGGCUCUCCUUGCCAUCAAAUCAAGUGAGUGAUCUAUGAAUACCAGAUUGGAUGUCCAGUCAGGGGACAUUCCCACACAGGACAUGGCCUUGAAACAGUGACGUAGAACAGCAGAAAUGGCAGAAACUGUGACAGCGACAGAGAAAAGCGCAAAUACUAACAAUAGUAAAUACUGACAGUGACAUGGCUUCCUCCUCAAUACAAAAAAUGACUGGUUUUGAAAUUCAGACCAGGGACAUACAUACCUCUCCGCCUCCCCUGCAAAGACAAGAAAAAAGACUCUCUUACAGCCUUUUAAGAAUCCUUUAUUGACCAUACUUGUUUGGCCAAGAUGGCUGGAUAUUGGCCUCUCUCAUUUCCUCAUUAUAAGUAUCGUCUCAGUACUUUAAAAAAUACUUGGUCAAUAUCAUGCCAUUUUGGUUUCAUGCUUAAUCUGUAGCACAUAUACAUGUAUCCUAGAAGCCUGUGGAAGCAUGAUUAACUUCAUGGCUGUGCCUUUCACAUAUACAGUUAAACCCCAUUGAUGGAGACAGUUAGAGGGCUGUAGAGAAUGUCUGUAUUAAAAGUGUUUCUUGUUAAGCGAGUUGAAUGUAGAGAAAAUGUAUGGGCUUUCUUUCCCAAGGGACCAGGAAAAUUGUUCAUAAUAUUGAGGUGUCUGUAAAGCAGAGUUUGACGGAAUGAAACUACAAGGGCCAACAAUGUUCUCAUUGUACUUCGCAGCUUUUGUAUCCAUAGAGGGAGAGCAUGAUCAUGCCAUGCAGCAGAAGUUCUUUUAUCUCCUUGGAAACCUGUCCUUAGUUGCAUUAGCACUGUAUAAAUGCCACUCAAUGGGGCUUUUACCGACUGCCACAUCAGACUGGCUGGCAUUCAUGGAGCACAAGGCGGUAAGAACACUUAACAUUUUUGUAUCACUUAAAAUUGUGUGAGGCUAUGUUCACACGGUGCCAGAUGAAUUUGCGACAGUACACUAUGUUCACACAGCACCGUUACACAUAUUUUUGCUCUGUUCAAACAGGACUUUGAACAGUUAGGCAUCUAAUUUUUUGUACGUUUAAGGUGGUUCCAUGUGAAGGGAACACCUACACGCACAAAUUUUCAAUCAAUCUAAAAUCCGUCUGUUGCCAUGUGAACCUAGCCUAACAUUCUUAUUUGUAUGUAUUAGUUAAUAGGUUAAAUAUCAGUAUAUAAAGCCGAACAUUCUUAUUUGGUUCUUUUGCAGAGACUUGAGUUCAGUGGUGGUGGAUUCAUUCUUUAG